CGGCCGGAAACUCAGCCCAGCGCCGCAGCAGCGUUCCGGCUGAGGCUCUGCCAGAGUGUAGAGUGCCACAGCGGCGGCGACGAUGGGCGCGGUGGGCUUAGGGUUGGUGGACUGUCACUGCCACCUCGCCGACUCAGACUUUGACCGCGAUCUGGAUGAUGUCUUGGAGAAAGCCAAGAAAGCCAAUGUUAUGGCUCUUGUGGUGGUUGCUGAACAUUCAGGAGAAUUUGAAAAGAUUAUACAGCUCUCAGAAAGGUAUAAUGGAUUUGUUCUGCCAUGCUUGGGUGUUCAUCCAAUUCAAGGACUUUCACCAGAAGACCAAAGAAGUGUCACAUUAAAGGAUUUGGAUAAAGCUUUGCCCAUUAUUGAGAAUUAUAAAGAUCGAUUGUUGGCAAUUGGAGAGGUGGGACUAGAUUUCUCCCCCAGAUUUGCGGGCACUGAUGAACAGAAGGAAGAGCAAAGACAAGUUCUAAUCAGACAGGUCCAAUUAGCCAAAAGACUAAAUUUGCCUUUAAAUGUCCACUCACGCUCAGCUGGAAGACCCACCAUCAACCUCUUAAAUGAGCAAGGUGCUGACAAAGUGCUGCUUCAUGCGUUUGACGGCCGGCCAUCUGUAGCCAUGGAAGGAGUGAAAGCUGGAUACUUCUUCUCAAUUCCUCCUUCUAUCAUAAGAAGUGGACAGAAGCAGAAACUUGUGAAACAGUUGCCUUUAACUUCAAUUUGCUUAGAAACAGAUUCACCUGUACUAGGACCAGAAAAACAGGUGCGGAAUGAGCCGAAAAACGUUUCCAUUUCAGCAGAAUAUAUUGCCCAAGUGAAAGGGAUCUCAGUGGAAGAAGUUAUAGAAGUGACAACACAGAAUGCAUUGAAACUGUUUCCCAAGCUUCGGCACCUGCUCCAGAAAUAGCUUUAAAAUCAAAUCAACUGCUGGGGGUAGCAUUUGAGAAAAAGAAAUGUUCUGAUUAAGAGUCUGAACUGAAGAAACCAUUAUAAAGAGAUAUAGAAGGUUGUAAUUUUAGAGAAAUAGUUCUCAUAGAAAUAAAACUGGGCUUGGAUCCUGAAA